UGUUGUCAUGACAAUGGGAGGGAGGGAGACAAUAGUGAAGCAGGAAAGCAAACAGGCUUGAUUGAUUGCCAAGGAGGAGGAGGAAGGAGGCUGGAUCGUGGCGAGGAUCCAAGACAAAGAAAAGGGAGUGAGAGUGGGAACAGACGCCCUGGUGCAGAGGAGACCCCCGGGUGUCAGGGCUAAGAAAGCCGGCCUACCUCACUGGGCUGCUGUGUGAGCCUCCCUAAAAGCCUUGGACAAGAAAGCAGACCAAAAAAAAAAGAACAAUCAUCUCCUUGCCUUCCCGACCUUACAACCUCGUCGCUGCUGCUGAAGGUUGGAGAGGGAGAGAUCAACCUACAUUUCCCACUCUGGGGCCCUUGGAGGAAGGUCUGAAUAAACAUGUGUGGCCAGCAAAUAAGCUCAACUCAGUCGUCCAAACUGCAGCCCUACAAGGGUUCGGUGACCUUUGAGGAGGAGGAGGAGGCGGUAGCAGCUGUCCAUUUCACGGAGGAGGAGUGGGUCUGCUGGAUCCGGGCCACAGCACUCCGCACAGGGAAGCCAUGGAGGAGAAUUAUGAGAUUGGAGCCUCUUUCAAGCUAGGCCUCAUUUCCUGUUGGGAAGGAGGAGAAGAAGAUGAUCCACUUAUCCAGGGUCUCAAAGAAGAGGAGGCGGAGACAUCAGCAGAACCAGACCUCAUUUCCUGUUGGGAAGAAGGAGAAGAUCCGGUCAUGCAGGAACCCAAAGAAGAGGAGGAGACCUCAGCAGGUCUCACACCUCCUUCAUCUUGCUCCAAUCCCACGUUUUGUAUGAUAUGUUCUCUGCAUAAAUUAAGAUACAUCUGGGGGGUCAAAGCUGACAGAGAAGUAUCUGAAGUAUCACUGGAAAAAGCUGAGGAGCAGAUGCAGGAGCAGAAACUGAGGAGUCAAGAUGGAGCAAAGAGACAAGAGGAAAGACAAACUCACACAAGGGAGAAACCUUAUAAAUGCUUGGAGUGUGGAAAGAGCUUCAGUCAGAGCGACAAACUUAGUAUACAUGAAAGAACUCAUACAGGGAACAAACCUUAUCAAUGCUUUGAGUGUGGAAAGAGCUUCAGACAGAGUAGCCACCUUACUUCGCAUCAAAGAACUCACACAGGGAACAAACCUUAUAAAUGCUUGGAGUGUGGAAAGAGCUUUAGUCGGAAUGGCAACCUUACAAAGCAUCAAAGAAGUCACACAGGAGACAAACCUUAUAAAUGCUUGGAGUGUGGAAAGAGCUUUACUCAGGGUAGCACUCUUACUUUGCAUCACAGAACGCACACAGGGGACAAACCUUAUCAAUGCUUGGAGUGUGGAAAGAGCUUUAGUCACAAUGGCAACCUUACUUUGCAUCACAGAACUCACACCGGGGACAAACCUUAUAAAUGCUUGGAGUGUGGAAAGAGCUUUAGUCAGAAUGGCAACCUUACUUUGCAUCAAAGAAGUCACACAGGAGACAAACCUUAUAAAUGCUUGGAGUGUGGAAAGAGCUUUACUCAGGGUAGCACUCUUACUUUGCAUCAAAGAACUCACACAGGGGACAAACCUUAUCAAUGCUUGGAGUGUGGAAAGAGCUUUAGUCACAAUGGCAACCUUACUUUGCAUCAAAGAAAUCACACAGGAGACAAACCUUAUAAAUGCUUGGAGUGUGGAAAGAGCUUUAGUAAGAGUAGCGCCCUUACUUCGCAUCAAAGAACUCACACAGGAGACAAACCUUAUAAAUGCUUGGAGUGUAGAAAGAGCUUUAGUCAGAAUGGCAACCUUACUUUGCAUCAAAGAAGUCACACAGGAGACAAACCUUAUAAAUGCUUGGAGUGUAGAAAGAGCUUUAGUCAGAAUGGCAACCUUACUUUGCAUCAAAGAAGUCACACAGGAGACAAACCUUAUAAAUGCUUGGAGUGUGGAAAGAGCUUUACUCAGGGUAGCACUCUUACUUUGCAUCAAAGAACUCACACGGGACAAACCUUAUCAAUGCUUGGAGUGUGGAAAGAGCUUUAGUCAAAAUGGCAACCUUACAAAGCAUCAAAGAAGUCACACCGGGGACAAACCUUAUCAGUGCUUGGAGUGUGGAAAGAGCUUUAAUCAGAGUA